AUAAAUUAAAGCAAGAAAGGGGAGAUUGGAAGCACAGAAAAUAAUUGGCUACUAUGACUUCUCCUUUCAUCCAGAACCAAGACUGGAACAUGUCGCCGGAGCCAUCAGAAAUUUUGUUCAAUUCAUUGCCAAGAAAUGCUGUUCUUGACCCUAUUCACGAUUCACUUUCCUUCGAUAUGGUUGAUUUCUCCACUGCACCACCACAAGGAAAUCACAACCAGUUGAUGCUCAAGACAGAAGAAGAAGUCAAAAAGAAGGAGAGGUCGUAUAAAGGUGUGAGGAAGAGGCCAUGGGGAAAAUAUGCAGCAGAGAUCAGAGACACAACAAGGAAUGGAACAAGGGUUUGGCUUGGAACCUUUGACAGUGCAGAAGCUGCUGCUUUGGCUUAUGAUCAAGCUGCAUUCUCUAUGAGAGGCCACAAUGCUGUCCUAAAUUUUCCAGUCAAAANGGUAAAAGAAUCUUUGCAAGAGAUCCAAUACACCUGCUUCACUGGUUCUUCUCCUGCACUUGCACUCAANGAGAGGCACUGCAUCCAAAGAAAAUUGUCAUCACAAGCUAAAAAGUCUAAAGGGAAAAACCCAUCAGAGCAUCCAACACCAACUUUGCUUGUGUUAGAGGAUUUGGGAGUUGAAUAUUUAGACCAUCUUUUAAGCAUAUCAGAUCAAACUCAAAGCCCUAGCUGCUUCCACUAAACCUGUCACUGUUUUUUCCCUUUUAUUUUCCCUUUUCACAACAUCAAUUUCCAGCCAUGGCCUGUGUAUAUGUAUUCUACUCUCUUUAGAUGAACCUGACUUAUGCGGUUACUUACUUGUGCAUCUAGGUUUCAAGUUGAACUGCUAUGAAUCCAUUCUUGCAUCAGUAACAGGUUCAUUUUCUUGACAUUCCAGCUUCACUAUUUUAGCAGUAUUUUCAAAUAAAAGUUCUUAAGUUAUGCUAUGUGGAAGAACUUUAUGAGAAAUUCUACGAUAUCCUAAAAUAUUCUGAGUUUUAGUACUGAGAAAUUUUACUUUCCCUCUCUUAUGUAGUAUGAUUAAACUCAUUCAGUUUUUGAAUUGAUUCAAAGAUCAAUUUCACUAAAACUUUAGAUAUAACU